AAAAAAAAAAGUUGUAGAACUUUUUAAAGAAACAGGGCCGUAGUCGAGGAAUAUUUAGGUACAGAGGAGUAGAAGUUUCUGCGUUCCAAUCCCGCCACCGCCGCCCUCGUCUCCACCGCUGUAGCUCACCGUGAGCCUCGCCGGUCAAGAAUCCCGCAACCACGCCGCGCAAACGCCAAGUACCCGGCCAUGCACCGUUCACCCGCGGAUCGAUGGAGACCUCUCACUGUAGCUCCGAGGGAGAGUGGAUGCGACGCCGGCGCUUCCGUCGCGCUCUUCUCCGUCCCCGCCGCCGCGCGCCGACCUCGUCAUGGCUCCGGCCCUGGCGGCUCCCUUUCCCCUUCUGGUGCCGCCGCGAUCACCAGGACCGUCGAGGCCAACACCACGGGUCCGGGGUGACGACUGACGAUGAGGAACGCCAUGACCUGCCGGACGAUUGCCGGUGAGCCCAUGUGCGAGGCGAAAGAGCACCGGGCAGCAUUGCCGGAGAAAAGGGAGAAGGAAAGAGCUGUGAUUGAUUGUCCGCCGGUGAACCCGAGCUGUCGCCCACAACCUGUUUGAUGUAUUGGCUGCGUGGGGACGUGGAAACAACCGGCAAGGAAGGGAAUUUUGACCCCCGACAAAGUAGCGUCUUCAGGUAACUUUUGCAAAUGGCAUGGCAAGCCUGGAAAGUUUGUACAAGAGAAAUCGCGCACGUGCAAUUUCUUUGGAGGUUGGCGAUGGUAUUUUGGAAUCUUUGUUGACCAAUGACAUUGGCAUGUAUCGAAAUGCCCCUUGCUUGGGACUCUUGGACAGGGAUUGCUCAUUUCUAAUUUAGCAUGUUUGUGGACCAAUCUAGUCAGGUCCUUUAAAGAAACACCAUUCAUAUGACCCUGCAUAAGCAUCAGCUUAAGCUUUGUUGAAUCCACAAACGUCUAUUGGCUAUUUCAUUUGUUUGCCUGCAUAAGCAUCAGCAGAUGCCAUGAUCACUUCUUUUCUGCUAUUUGUUUAGCACCUUAUUUCAUUUGUUUGCCUGCAAGAUUUAUUGGUUUGAUGUGUUGUCAUUGUUCAAAACUCUGUUACCUCAGCAUUGAUACUUACUCUUGAUUGUCUCCUCCUUUUCCAGGAUAGCCUCUACUUCUUGGUUCAACUUCUCUGUAUUAUCCGUGUAUCUGCAUUGCAGGAAUAUGAUAAAAAAAAUCUAUUUGCUCUGAGGAAUGCAAUUCCUCAAGGGAAAGGCUUUCUCCGUGACUGGUUUGAUCCAAAAACUCCUUCAUGCAGCUGGUCAGGUAUAAAUUGUGUGGGAGACGCGGUUGUGGCUAUAGAUCUGUCCCAUGUGCCACUCUAUAUUCCCUUGCCAUCAUGCAUCGGGGCAUUCCAGUCGCUUGUUCGGUUAAAGGUCAAUGGAUGUCAGAUCUAUGGUGAGCUCCCUGAAGUUGUGGGAAAUUUGCGGCAGCUCCAGUACCUAGACUUGAGCAAUAAUCAGCUCGCUGGACCCCUACCAGUCUCACUAUUUGACUUGAAGAUGCUUAAAGAACUGGUGCUUGACAACAACUCCCUUUCCGGACAACUGAGCCCUGCCAUUGGUCAGCUUCAGCACCUCACUAAGCUAUCCAUGUCCAUGAAUUCCAUCUCUGGAUGCCUUCCUCCAGAGCUGGGAACCUUGCAGAACCUGGAGUUUCUGAACCUUAGCAGGAACACAUUCAGCGGGUCAUUACCGGCAGCUUUCAGUAACCUGACCCGGCUCACACACCUUGCCGCAAGCAAUAACAGCCUCACUGGAUCAAUAUUUCCUGGAAUAGGCACAUUGGUGAACCUCACCAGACUUGUUUUGUCGUCAAACGGUUUGACUGGGCCAAUUCCUGAGGAGAUUGGUCAUCUAGAAAACCUGGAACUGUUAAAUUUAAUGAACAAUGGUUUCAGUGGAAGCAUUCCAGAAGAGAUUGGUCACCUGAAGCGGCUAAAAGUGCUUAAACUCUCCAACUGCAAGUUCAAUGGUGCCAUACCUCGGUCAAUCGGUGGUCUUCAAAGCUUAAUGACUCUUGAUAUAUCAUGGAACAACUUCACUGGUGAACUCCCAACAUCUGUCGGUGGGCUGAGCAAUCUAACUAAAUUGUUAGCAGUUCAUGCAGGGCUCACUGGGACCAUACCGAAAGAACUUGGUAACUGCAAGAAGAUUACUGCUAUAGACCUGUCCUCCAAUCAUUUUACUGGCUCUAUCCCUGUAGAACUUGCAGAGUUAGAAGCUAUUAUCAGCUUUAAAGCCGAAGGUAACAGACUGUCGGGUCACAUUCCAGAUUGGAUUCAAAACUGGGUGAAUAUUAAGUCUAUAUUGUUGGCGAACAACAUGUUCAGUGGGCCUCUGCCAUUGCUGCCUUUGCAGCAUUUGGUUGAAUUCUCUGCAGGAGAAAACCUGCUCUCAGGCCCAAUCCCUGCCGGGGUGUGUCAAGCUAUCUCUCUGCGGUCACUCAACUUGUAUAGUAACAAUCUGACAGGGAGUAUCAAGGAGACAUUCAAAGGAUGCAGGAACCUCACUAUACUGACUUUGCAAGUUAACCAGCUCUGUGGUGAGAUACCAGAAUACUUGGCUGAGCUACCGCUAGUAAGCCUGGAUCUCACCCAGAACAAUUUCACGGGGUCUCUGCCUGACAAGUUCUGGGAGUCAUCAACUGUUCAGGAACUCUAUCUCAGUGACAAUAACCUCACCGGCAUGAUCCCUGAGAGCAUUGCCGAACUUCCCCACUUGAAGAUUUUGCGGAUUGACAAUAACUAUUUGGAAGGACCAAUUCCAAGGUCGGUCGGCACUCUAAGGAAUCUGAUAACAUUGUCUCUGUGUUGCAAUAUGUUGUCUGGGAACAUCCCGGUAGAGCUCUUCAACUGCACAAAUCUUGUCACGCUAGACCUGAGCUAUAACAGCUUGACCGGACACAUCCCAAGGGAGAUAUCACACUUGACACUGCUUAAUAGCUUGGCUUUGUCUAAUAAUCAUCUGUCAGGCACUAUCCCUUCCGAGAUCUGUGUGGGAUUCUCGCGCAUGUCUCACCUUGAUUUGAGAUUUUAUCAGCACCAACGACUUCUUGACCUGUCAUACAACCAAUUGACUGGUCAGAUCCCAACAACGAUCAAGGAUUGUGCUAUAGUGGCGGAACUAUACCUUCAAGGUAACUUGUUGAAUGGAACUAUUCCUGCAGAGCUUGGCGAGCUGACGGGUCUUGCAGCCAUUGACCUGUCUUCCAAUGCACUAGUUGGACAUAUGCUUCCCUGGUCUGCGCCAUCUGUACAUCUCCAGGGCCUUUCUCUGUCUAAUAAUCACCUGAAUGGAUCCAUUCCUGCUGAGAUAGGCCACAUUCUUCCUGCAAUUUAUGAGCUGAACUUGUCGGGCAACACACUUACUGGCAAUCUACCCCAGUCUUUGCUCUGCAACCAUCACCUAAGCCGUCUGGAUGUCAGUAACAACAACCUCUCUGGAGAAAUCCUAUUCUCCUGUCCUGAUGGGGACAAAGGAUCCUUGAGCACACUGAACUCGCUCAAUGCAAGCAAUAACCAUUUCUCAGGGAGCCUAGAUGUGUCUCUCUCCAACUUCACAGGGCUGACUUCUCUUGAUAUCCACAGCAAUAACCUCAACGGAAACUUGCCUUCAGCUGUCUGCAAUGUUACUACUUUGAACUAUCUUGACGUUUCAAGCAACGAUUUCAGUGGCACCGUCCCAUGUGGUAUCUGUGAUAUGUUUAACCUUGUGUUUGCCAACUUCUCUGGUAACCACAUUGUUGGCACAUACAACUUAGCGGACUGUGCUGCUAAUAACAUCAAUCACAAGGCGGUUCAUCCAUCUCGUGGAGUUUCAAUAGCAGCAACCGUCUGUGGCACUGCAACCAUUGUCAUUCUAUUGGUUCUUCUGGUGGUUUAUUUGAGACGGAGACUAUUAAAAAGAAGGUCCUCAUGGUCUCUUGUACCUGCUAGCAAGACCAUGUCGACCUCCGAGGAAACCUUAAGCAGCAAACUCCUAGGGAAGAAGUCGUGGGAGCCUUUGAGUAUCAACCUCGCGACAUUUGAGCACUCACUGAUGAGGGUCGCCGCAGAUGAUAUCUUGAAAGCCACCGAGAAUUUCAGUAAUCUGCACAUGAUAGGUGACGGCGGCUUUGGCACUGUCUACAAGGCAGCACUCUUGGGAGGCCGGCAAGUUGCUGUCAAGAGGCUGCACGGUGGCCACCAGCUCCAGGAUAACCGUGAAUUCCAAGCUGAGAUAGAGACCAUUGGGAAGGUGAAACACCCAAAUCUCGUUCCCUUGCUUGGCUACUGCGCUUCCGGCGACGAGCGGUUCCUGAUCUACGAGUACAUGGAGCAUGGGUGCCUUGAGACAUGGCUGAGGAAGAACCGAAGCGAUGCAGCUUACACUCUGGGAUGGCCGGACCGUCUCAAGAUCUGCCUCGGCUCUGCCAAGGGCCUUGCAUUCCUGCACCAUGGCUUCGUGCCCCAUAUCAUCCACCGGGACAUGAAAUCUAGCAACAUCCUGCUGGACUGGGACCUGGAGCCGAGGGUCUCCGACUUCGGCCUCGCGAGGAUCAUCAGCGCCUGCGAGACCCAUGUCAGCACCAACCUAGCCGGCACGCUCGGCUACAUCCCCCCGGAGUACGGGCUGUCGAUGCAAUGCACCGUGAGGGGCGACGUCUACAGCUUCGGCGUCGUCAUGCUGGAGCUGCUGACCGGGCGGGCCCCGACGGGGCUGGAGGUGGAUGAAGGCGGCGGAAACCUCGUUGGUUGGGUGCAGCGGAUGGUGGCGUGCCGCCCCGAGAAGGAGGUGUUCGAUCCCUGCCUCCUGCCGGCUUCGGUCGCGUGGAAGCGGCAGAUGGCGCGCGUGCUCGCCAUUGCCCGGGACUGCACCGCCAACGACCCGUGGGCAAGGCCGACCAUGCUGGAGGUGGUGAAGGGCCUGAAAGCGACACAGAUGAUGGAAAGCGCGCCUCCGGUGAUGACACUCUCCAGAGCGCACCUCCGGUGGUGACAAUCUCCACUCUCCAGGGAGGACAAGGACAUGUAAUGCAGAUAAGACAGCAUGAUCUUUGCUAGCUACCGUGUGAACUGGAAAUCGGCAGAUUAAGCUUCAGAUUCUUCUUUUCUGAUGUUCGCCGGAGAGCUUUUGCAUCCAUUGAAGAAGGAACCGGCGAAUUCUAUAGGAACAACUCUUAACAUAUUGCAGGCCAAUGAUAAACCGCUUUUGCAACAGAUAACCAUUUUUUUUUCUGCUCUGAAAGGCUUGCAGGCUUGUAUCAGAAGAAUAAGCUUCAGUUAUCUGGAGACUGUAACGAAUCACUGCAGCAAUGGUGCUGCUGAAGUGCUGAUCAAGCUGCAUACGUGUAACCCCAAAUAAUGCUGUGACUUUUUUUAGCUGGUUAUUACAUGCACCGUCUCCUUGAUCUGGUUGCUUCAUAUAUACUGGAAUCUGCCAGUCUAAGUUCAUGCUGUUCUUUUCAUACUAUCACGGGUCCAAUACAUUACAUUGGGCAUGCAAAACAGUCA